CACGGAUGAUAUAGUUAUUUAUAUUGACCUACAUGGUUGUUUUAUGAUGGACAAGACUAUAUAUCUAUAUAUAUAGGUUCGUUCUCUUACCAAAACUUAUCCUUUGUAAGGGAUAUCAAAUUGCGAUUCCAGCUCUAUGCAGCCGGCUGCCAAAAGCUUAGAGCGCUAGACUGCGCACCGACGCUACCUGUGGAGAGGGGAUUUUAAGGGGGAAAUCUUAGGAUGCCUAUGAUCAUGGAGGACAGUAUCGAUGUAGAUGAUCUUUUCGGGGAUCCAACCUCCCUAGAGCUGGGGCUGGAAGGCGCCGCACCUACCAUCAAGGGCCUACCUCAAAGAUUAGACGAGCUUCGGCUUUCGGGUUGUUCCCAAAAAAUUGCGUGGUCUAAACUUGGGGCAAUUGCGUACGUCUCACAAGAUGGCCAGAAAGUCCUACUACGUUGUCUUCACUGCAGACCUGAUAACGGCAAAUGGACGCUGAGUGAAGAAUCCCCCAUUAAUCAAAUCGUCGACAUCCAUGGCGGCCACACCGUGGUCCAUCUUCUCUGGAACGAGAGUGGCUCCGAGCUGGCCAUCGUGGAUAGCUGUGGCCGAAUCGCGAUUGUCACCAUUAUGAUGUCGCUGAAUACCGUUAAUCAGCCGCGUCAGGCCUCAAUAGAUCCCGAUGAUGACUUGGCGCAGCCGGUUGGAUUGAUGUGGUUAAAUUUGAACCGACCGCUAUUUGGUUUUCAUAAAGCGACACGGACGAAUAACAACAGGUGGAAUUAUCCGGCAUAUCGGCGUCGCCCCUUAGGGCCCCUGCAUCCUGUAAAUAAGUCAGCUCUCGUCAUGGUGACGAAAUCUGGUUAUAUCAAGCUCAUCUAUCAGAAUCCAGACUUGAGGUGGGGAGAGAUCUCCUCGGAAUUGAAAACUGUUGGAUAUCUAGAUGGGCUGCUGACACACGCUGCUCUGGCACCGGCUGAAGGAAGUGGAAUUUCUAUCGCCACCCACUCAGCAUGUGGGAAAGUGUGUUUCUACCGUGUCCAGGUUAAAUGGGAUCCCCCAGAAUGGGAUCAAACGAUAAAGCCAGGAGGUGGCUCAAUCGCCUUUCCAACACCCGCUUUCCAGGUUUUACAUACCAAGACUGAAGUCCUAAGCGCUGUUUUUCACCCGCCGGCGCACGACAUGGAUAAUAUCACAGGCUUCUCACCCCCGAAUGGAGCAAUAUAUAAUCUCACCCAUCUUGAAAUAAUAACGGCACCUCAGCUCCUUCCUAGCACACAGGCUGCUACUGGCCCCUGCAUACUAGCCGUUGCAUCCAUUUCACCCCAGAAUCAGCUUGGUCAGCCACCUCCCUGUGGACUUUCAAGCGUCCUUGUCCGCUGGCAGCUAGACACUAUGGCGCAGGCCCUACACCCAAGUUUUGAUGAUGUGGUGUCAAAGAAAACGGCCUCUAACCCCAAGUCUAAAAUAAUCUUCAGAAGACUGGACGACAUAUAUUUCGAAAGAUAUGUCGUCUCGAUUGACUACACGGAAGCUAGUAGCGUGCUUGCCAUUACACACGACGAUAGCUCCAUUUCUUUUUUUGAGGCUAGAUCCAUGAGGCCCAUCACUGAGAAUGAAGAUGGUAACACUGUGACAAGCAUGCCAAAUGCCGGAUUCACCUUUCCAAUCGACGCGUCAGGCCUCCACAUUGCAUUUUCGCCAAGUGGCUGUAUAGCGGCAGUCCUCGACGGGGAGGGACAAUUUCAUUUGCGAUAUAUGGAGCAUUCGUUUGGAAUGGAAGAUGGGAUGUAUGAUAGCGGCAAAUUCACAUGCGCAAUAGCGGCUUUGGCAUUGGGAUAUGUUCGGGCCUGUGGGAGUGAUGCCAGUGCAGAUGACAUUCUUGCUGUCAUCGUAAGACAGCUAAAUCCUGAUGCGCAAAGAACAUUUGUCACCGAAGUGUAUUCAAUUUUAUUCACGAGUGUCGACUUUACCGAGCACGAUAAACUCGUGAACAAUCAAUCCAUCCAAAAGGGCCUCAGUAUGCAAGCAGUUCUUGGUUUCAGAUCUCGGUUCCAGCCACGAGCUCCAUCCUCCACCGUGUCGUGGAUCAUAUUAAACAUUCGGCAGAUCAUGGUGCUACUUUUGACAGUUUCGCAUUACCUCAAGAACGGCAAGGAUUCCACCCCUUCGGAGCCGGAGGUUCUCCGCAUGGUUUUGGGAAAUGUCAAGUGGAUCCUCGAUCUUGCAAAGUACUUGGUCGACGACCUCCUCGAAAUUGCGGAUACAAUACCGGCGGACCGAACCUCAUUUACUUUAUCAAGCAAGACCUACGAAUCCCCUUCCCUCAUCCUCGUCCUUUCCAGCAUCCCCCGCUCAUUCCUCCGCCACAUAUUCCGCUACCUCGGCCGUUUUCCCCUAACAUUCAAAGCUGCCAACAACCUAAGCGGCGAAUCCUACCAACUCUUCGCCAGCAUCAACGAUACAAUUGACCAAUCCUCCCUAAAACCCGACGUCUGCGAGAAAAUGCUCGCACACAUCGACAGCAUCGUCACCCGGACUUACGAAGCUGCCGGGUUUGGGAGCGCGGAGCGAAACGCACCUGAGCGCGAGAUGCUAAUCACAUGCAGCAUCCCGCCGGUGCUCCAACCAGCCGUCAUGUCCAUAUUGACAGAGACGGUGCCGCUGGUAGUACGGCCGGGGGUAGAGAGGAUGGCAUUGGCGCUAUACGACUAUAGCUGGCUUGGGAUUGGGGAUGACAAGCGCACGGAGCUCUUUAAGCGGACGCAUGAUGUGGACAUUUUGAAGAAGAAUGUGGGUAAGGUGUUGGAUGCAACGGUGGCGAAGAGGAGGUGUGUACGCUGCUGUGAAGUUUCGGAGGAUACAUGCCUGCCCCGGUCGGCUUCUAUGUAUAGGCUGAUUGGGAAGAUUGGGGUUUUGAGGACGUGUGUUUGUGGGGGCUCAUUUGCGAUGGAGAAUGUGGAGGCGUUGGAUCGGGUGUCGCUCCCGGUGUAUAGGUAACACGUACGUAGUCUCAUUUUUAUAUUUUAGGGGUAUUAUUUGAUCUUGGAGUGAAGGGGUGGUUCUUCUUCGGAAUCAAGGGAUAGGCGUAGAAGAAAUGGUAAGAUAUUUGUAUUUUAAAAGCAGGACAUUCCAUUAUAUUUCGUUUACACACCGCGUUGGGAUCCGCAAGCAAUCAGAGAUGGAUAAAUACCCUGCCUGUACUGUGUAGAGAAGGGGUAACUUGCGGUGCUAGAAGUCUGGGGUGACCACUGGGAGUAAGUUUGCGGAGGCCUUGAGUGGGAAGCCUAGAGUUGUUCAUCGACCGUAGGUUGAAUCCAUCGCGGUUUCGGAGGUUGACAAUAUGAAAAUUGGAGACUGUUGAAACUCGUGAAACUAGCCGCUUCUGAGAUGGUAAUUGGAUGUUGUAGUGCUGUAAGUAGCUUUUUC